AUGUACGAUGAGCCGAGUGACAUCGUGCGGCUGGUCUCGACGGUCAUUGUGAGCGAAUCGGAGCACAUCCCUGUUCUUGCUAUCAUCGAUUUCUUUUUCAGCCUGCUCAGCUCAGCAUCAACAAAACGAGAAGCCCAAUCAUAUCUCUCCCGCUUCAAAGCCGAAAAACCAGAGCCUGCGAAGUCCCCACCAGAGCAGAGUGCUAUGGGCUAUCCCUCCACCAAUUUUGUCCAAUCAGGGGUGAACUUAGGGGGAGGGAUGUUUGGCAUGGCGGGAGUUAUUGAUAAUCAUGCGAUGUUUCGACAAGAAUCUGCAUUGGGGAAAUCACUGCCAAUAGAAACGGUGUCAGAGGAAACAUUACACAUCGCUCUGGUAAAAAUUCGUGAGCCGCAAUUGCUAAACGACCAGACACUUGGAGAGGUUGGACGGACACUGUCACAGCUUUCCUUACUUGGGAUGUCCUGCUGUGUUGUGAUUGACCCCGGCCUCCCUCAAAGCGACACAUUUUGGAGAAACCGGUCAAUCAAACAGGCUGACCGUAUGUUAGCAGCGAUUGAGAAAAACGGCGUGGACUCUAGGCGACUGGACGAUGUGAUACGCCUGGCACCUUCUCCUAAACAUGCGCUUUCAGUAGUGUCUAGAGAGUUAAUUCUUUCUCCCCUCCGUCGGGGAAAAAUUGCUGUGAUUCCUCCCAUUGGCUACACGGAAGGCACUCUUCGAGCGGUACCCGUUCUUGCAGAUGACGUUGUGUUGGCAUUAACCAGGGAGUUCACGGGGUUGGGUGUCAAAGCGCGCCCUGAGGACAAUCCUCAUGAACUGGCCCGGAGGAUAUCCAAGCUCCAAAAGGAAGUCUCUGUGGACAGGCUUAUUAUUUUGGAUCCUGCUGGGGGCAUUCCGUCCCUGAAAAGAGCUUCAAAAUCACACGUUUUCGUGAACUUGGAACAGGAAUUUGAGGAGAUCACUAACGAACUAAGAGAAGGAAUGGCCGCUGGUGAUUCACUAGUUACGGGCGAUAAAAAUGAAAAUGGGCAGCAAAUACUUUCCCUGGAAAAAUCUAAUCCCCUUUCCACAGUUGUAGAGAGGGAAGGUGCUGCAUCGUUACCUAGUGAACUACAGGUUACCUCAAGUGAUCGAAGUAGUGUUCACAUUCCUGAUUUUGAGAGACAUCUGGACAAUUUAACACUGUUACAUAACGCACUUACGUACCUUCCACCAGCAUCCUCCGGCAUUAUCUCUAUACCCCAAGAUGCAACGAAUUCGGCAAGCGAACCGCGAGACCCCUCACAGUUAUCCACCGUUGCGACCAGACGAAAGCGGAACCCUUUAAUCCACAAUUUAUUGACGGAUAAACCCAGCCAUUCCGCUUCCCUACCUGCGGGGAGACUACGCGCCAACAACGGCUGUUCAUCACAAAAUAAUUUCCAAGUGAUGCAUUCGACGUUUGUUAAGAAGGGGAUGCCCCUGACGUUGUUUCCCGACCCACGAGUGCAUAUUUGGAAACCUCCAAUAAAUGGAAAAUCCCGGAUGACACUUAAUGAUCCACAUAUCGAUCUACCUCGCCUCGUCCAACUAAUUGAAGACUCUUUCAAUAGAAAACUGGAUGUCCAGCACUAUCUCAACCGCGUCAGUGACCGUUUAGCCGGUUUGAUUAUUGCAGGCGAGUACGAAGGCGGGGCCGUUUUAACCUGGGAACUACCGCCAGGUGUGCCCAACGAUGGAAGUGAGGAGAGUCGAUCACGAAUGGUUCCCUAUCUUGAUAAGUUUACCGUUCUAAAGCGGAGCCAGGGGGCGGGCGGCGUGGCGGACAUUGUAUUUAAUGCGAUGGUUCGUACGUGUCUGCCCAAGGGUGUGUGCUGGCGCAGCCGUCGCGAUAACCCAGUGAAUAAGUGGUAUUUUGAGCGGGCUCGAGGGACGUGGAAGCUUCCCGGGUCGAAUUGGACAAUGUUCUGGACAACUGAUGGAGUGCUGGAGGGCGAUAGGCUAUUUCGGGAUUAUGAGGGCGUUUGUCGUGGAAUUGAGCCCAGCUGGCUAGACAAUAAACAUGUGGUUGAUUAA